UCUGCCUUGGUCGCGCUUUUUCACAAAAUCAAGUCUUUUUUUCAACCAAUGUCAAAUUCAAAAUCAGGCAAAAGUGUGUUGAACUCGACCUUGGCCGGAGCCGCGGCAGGAACGCUCGAGGUUCUUCUCAUGCAGGUAAAAAGAACGAUCUCCAUACAUUCAUUGGUCAGGCCAUGGACCUUGACAUUUCCCACUAGCCCACCGAUGUGAUCAAGACCCGAUUUCAGUCCGUUCGCGUAGCAUCUCGGUAUAAUCAGGGCAUUGUAAAAGCGUUCAGUCAGGUACUCAAAGAAGAAGGAUUCGCAGCAUUUUAUCGAGGUACAAUGCCUGUGCUGUGUAUUGUUGGCCCUCGUGUGUCCCUUCAAUAUAUGGGCCUGGCGUUGUAUAAACCACUAUUUGAGAAAUUGGAAGGAAGCGUUUUGCCAGCUCACAGUUCAGCUGGUUUAGCUGGAGUGUGCACGGGUAUCACACAAGCUGUCACUCUAGUUACUCCUUUGGAAAUGAUCAAAGUGCGACAGCAAACUGACAUGAUCAAUGGUUCCCAUCAGCGCAAAUACCACGGAUUAAUAAAUACCGCGUCGACCAUUAUUCGACAAGAAGGAUUCUUUGCAUUAUACAACGGUCUGCUUGCGACUGUAGCGCGACAAUCGUGGGGUUUGUUGGUGAAAUUUACGGGUUAUGUUGAGAUCAAGUCUUUGUUUGAAAAGGCAUCGGCGGAUCCCACCGCGCCCUUGGCGCCAUGGAAACAUAUGGUGAGCGGUGGCAUGGCCAAUGUGAUCGUGGCGGUCUUGAACUCGCCUCCUGAUGUGGUUAAAACACGAAUGCAAGACGAUGGCCGUUUGUAUCGAAGCACGUGGGAUUGUAUCAAGAGCAUGGCAAAGAACGAAGGAUUCACAUCAUUUUUCCGCGGUUCAUGGCUUCGCAUCAUUCGUAUCGCUCCGGGAGGAGCUAUUCAGUUUGCUGCUUAUGAGCAGUGUUUGGCCUGGAUCAAUAAGAAGUCGGAUGCUCUCAAGCUUCAGGCAAAGAAUUACAGUUAGGACCACAUAACUAGAGCAGUGCUUUUGUGAAACAUAAGAAAAACAAGAUAUUUCCCGCAUAUAUAUAACGUAACAUUCAAUA